AUGAUGACCAACGUUGCAGUCUUUGAACAAGCGGCAAAGAAAUCAUGGCAAUCUUUUAGUACAAUGCGACGCUUUAUCGAUGAAGCAAGACGAUUAGAAAAUGCGAGUUGGCGUCUAUGGUAUCUCCACUCGAAUCAGCAGUCUUGUGACAAGAUCAAUUUAAAACUUCCACUAGAUGAUACAACAAGUCUCACAGGAGAUGAUCACGUUGUUUGUAUCUAUUGUGAACUACAUCAGGCAAGUCUCCGCUGUCAUGGCUGUUGUCAUGAUCCCUAUUGUGUGAAUUGUUUUAAACUCAUCCACAAGAAGGGGAAUCUAGCAACGCAUACUGCAAGUAAAAUACAUUACUCAAACACGGAACGAAGACAUAGUAGCAGUGGUGAUGAGACGUCCACAACUGAAGAAGAGACGGAUUUAUCAAGUACAUUACAUCAUAUUCAAGUUCCAAGCGAAGAAGAAAUGAUAAUACUAGGAGGUAUCAAAUCACUACAAAAAACAAAUGGAUCGAUCGUGAAUAAACCUUGGGAAUUACAAAUGGAUUUGCUCCUUCAACGACUUAUGAUCAAUAGUUUACACAAUGAUUCGGACAUCAGUGUGCAUAAUAUUGAUGCUCGUGAGUCACUGGGCUCGCAUGUCUUGGACAGUGAAGAUACGGCGCCACUGCUUUCUAUCGGUCAUACAGGCGAGACUGACAAAGAAGCAAAGGAACAGUCAAACGAGGCAGUUGUCGCGGCUGCCGUUGCCUCUGCCGACCGACACCGAGCGCAUUCUUUGACUAGUGAGGAGAAUGGAAAGAUACGCUCAGCGGCAAUGUCACCAAUAGUGUCGAUACGCCUGUCACCGUCUCUUAAUGUGGAUGGCAUUGUGGAAGAUGUUGCACUGCCGACGAAUUUGUUUUCUAAGGGUUUACCCCGAAUAAACAGUCGUCGCAAUGACACGCAGACAUGUGCAAACUGUAAUGGAAAUCAUAUAACGGUGGAGUGUCCGCUAUUGGAAAGCACCCAAUUUUCCUCGACGACUACGGUAGCGUCUGGAGGGUCUGGAGUGGAUAUAGUGCUGCGAAAGUGUUUUACCACAAUCCACAAUAGCAAUAUGUCAAACAGUACACACGCAUUCCUGGGCGACGAAGUCAGUGUUCGUGGCGGCAAUAAUUUUGCUAGCAUGAGACAAUUGCCAUCCAGCAGCGCCUUGCAGCAAAUGGACCGACCGUCACCAUUUGGAAUGAACGUGAUUGCGGAAAAUAAUUUGAUGGCAAAUGAUGACAUUGCACCAAUGCUAGAAAAACUUGCAGUACCGAAUGCAGGAGGCCGCCUUCAUUCGUGGAGCGCAGACUCAUGGUUACUAUCAUGCUUGGCGACUGAACUACCUUCCGACGUAUUUGAGGAGUUACGAGGGCUAGGACGAGUAGACAAACAUUGGUCUUACUUAACGGGACCUGAUUCGGUUGUGAUAGCUCUUACGGGCUGGGCAUACCUGAAGGUACCGGGAAAAAAGUGGCGCAAAAGGUUUAUGUCAUUGUACCGCAACAACCUUUGGGAGUACUUGGAUGCCAACGAGACAAGCCGGCCAGUAGGUCAUGCUAACUUAUUUGAGGGAUCCGUGCACCUACAGCAGCGGAGCACGUUCGAGUUUGUGCUAAAUUACAAUAGCCGCUCGUCGGUGUUAUCGGGACGCAACGAGUUGUGGCUGAAGUUCGAUUCGGAAAAGGAUGCAGUGCAGUGGAAGGCGAUGAUAAUGCAGGCUAUCAAGCUACAAAUUGACGACUUGUUUGACCUGACCCCUGAUUCACCCACAGGGACAACUGGAAAGAGCUUUGAGCUCGGCAAAGGACGAUUUUCUGUCGUUCGUCGUGCACGUAGAAAAGUGUUUUCGAAUGACUCUUCUUGUUCACGCAAUUGCGCUCUCAAAAUUAUCGAGAAGAGUGUUUUUUGGGACUUGGUGGCUUGCGAUACUGAGCGCGAAGACACGGUGGUGCGAGAAAUAUUGACGCAGAGUUUGCUGACGGUCCGUUCGGGUUCUUCAUACUGCCCAGUGGUUCGACUUCAGUCGCUGUUUGAAACACGUGACCAUUUGGUCAUGGAGCUGGAGCUCAUGAAUGAUGGAGAUCUUCAUGACGAAAUUGCGACCAAAAAUGCGGUAGAUGAGACACGUGCCUCAUUCUUGAUUGCUAGCCUUGUGCAGGCAAUUGAUUAUUGUCAACGGAAUGGCGUUGCCCAUCGAGACGUGAAGCUUUCGAAUCUUGCGCUCGACUAUGAACGCAGCACAACUGGCAAAGAAUACUCGGUGAUCAAAGUUGCGGACUUCGGCAUGGCAGCAUUUAUUCAACCAGAUGGAAUGCUAAAGGGAAGAUGUGGAACCCCUGGUUUUGUCGCACCAGAAAUUCUAUCAGCAGGGAAAGGUGAAGCGUACCCUAGCGGAGUUGAUAUGUUCUCUGCAGGUGUUGUGGCCUACACAAUGCUGUGUGGCUAUGAGCCUUUCUUUGGUGUAAACGAUGAGGAGCUUAUUCAAAUGAAUAAGCGGGUUGAUUACGAGUUUGAAGAGCCGGAAUGGGCUUGCAUAUCCGACGAGGCUAAGGAUAUGAUUUCUCUUAUGAUGGAAAAGGAUCCAUACAAGAGGGUCACGCCAAAAGAGGUGCUACAGCAUCCAUUCUUGCGAAGCGCAAACGCCACAUUGGAGGACCUCUAUCGAGUACAAGAACCUAUAUUCCCGACCCGAUUACUAUAA